AUGGCGCAGCAGCAGAUCCAGGCCGCCGUGCAGGUGGCCCUGGGCGCCAACGGCGCAGAAGCGCUGGUGGGCGGCCUGCUGAGCGCCGAGGGCGAGCAGCGGUCGCAGUCGGAGAAGGUGCUGGACGCGAUGACGGAGCAGCACCCCAACGAGUGCGUGGUGGGACUGGUGCGCGUGCUGAGGCAGGGCGGCGGCGCGGUGGAGAGGGCGCUGUGCGCCACGCUGCUGAGGAAGAUCUUGACCAAAGGUCAACCUCCGGUGUGGCCCAGCCUGGCGGCAGCGUCGCAGCAACUUGUGAAGGCAGAGCUGCUGAACGUUAUGAAGGAAGAGAAGGAUAGGGACACCCUGCGACAGACUGGAGACCUCAUAGCUGAGCUGAUCUGCAAGGUUCUUGGCAAUGAGACAUGGCCAGAAGUCAUACCCUUUCUCAGCCAAAGCAUCAGCUCAGGCGUGGUGCUGAACAUGGAGAUGGCCCUCCUAAUGCUUGCAGACAUGGUGGAGGGUAUCAAGGAUGCGAUCUUACCUAAUCUGGACCAGUACUGUGGUGCCCUGGCCACCUGCAUGGGUCGACCAGAGGCUGGUGUGAAGCUGGCAUCCCUUAAAGCUCUGAAAUCGUUCAUCGUAGUGUUUGAUGACGACAGCGAGCGUGUGAAGUUUCAGACAGCAGCACCAGAGCUCCUGAAAAUACCUGAUGCGGUUCGGCAACAGGGUGACAAUGAUCCAUCGAGGCAAGCCUACUCUGAGCUUAUCGACCUUGCGGAAGAUUGCCCUGAGUUCUGGCAGCCCUGCCUCCCCAGCGUGACUCAGACGAUGAUUAACAAUUCAAAGGCGCCCAACGUGCCCAUGGACGACCGAAUGUUGGCCAUGGAGUUCCUGCUUUCGCUAAUGGAGAGUUCAGAAGAUGAAGAUGCAGAGCCAGUCCUUAAGGGUGUCCUGCCAGAGCUGCUCGCUGUCUUGUUGGAAUUCAUGCUCGACGUUGAGGACGUCCCUCAAUGGCAUUUGGCCAACGAUGAGGAGCAUCAAGAUGAGGGCCAUGGCGACCACUUCAUGUUUGGGGAGAUUGCUGUCGAUCGACUUGCAAAGCUGGUUGGAGGCAAGGCCAUGAUGCCUGUGUUGGGCCAGAUGGUGCCUGUGUUGCUUGGGGACCAGGAUUGGAAGAAGCGCCAUGCUGUGUUCACUUGCGUUGGUCAAAUGGCUGAGGGCUGCACAGAUGACCUCCUGCAGGACAUGGGCACCUUGGUGUCCAUCUGUGUUAAAGGCUGCCAGGAUCCCCACCCCAAGGUGCGGUGGUCAGCCUGCCAGGCCAUCGGCUUGCUGGUGGACGAGCUUGGUGAGCACCUGGGCUCCUCCGAGUUUCACACCAUCCUCACCGCUCUGCACCCCCUCUUCAAGGACAAGUCAAGCCCACGGGUGCAGGCGCAUGCAGUGCUGUGCAUGGUGGACUUCAUACAGGACUGCAAGCUGGAGGUUGUGCAGCCCAGUCUGGAUGACGUUGUGGCCACCGUGAUUGAGAUCAUGCCAGGAGCACCCUACCUUGUGAGAGAUGCGUCCCUUAAGUUCUUGAGCAGCGCCGCAGGGGAGAUAGAGGCACCUGAGUUCGCCAAGUACUACACUGCUGUGAUGGGAACAGUGAACGCUGCCAUGGGGCAGGCUGUCGGGGAGAAGUCGCCAGAGGUGUUUGCGAUGAUGCUGCACACGAUGGCGAUGGUUGGGCGGGCAUCUGGCCCUUCCUGCUUCUCCCCAGACUGCCCCAAAAUGAUGGUCUACUACAAGGACAUCGUGCAGGCCACUGUGCAGAGCGAGGACUCUGAAGCGGACAAGAGGGAUGUGUUGGAGGUGCUGCAUGACGUUGCCUCCAUAGUGGCCGAGUGCAUGGGCCGUGCCUUUGUGGAAUACAUGCCGCUGGUCAUGCCAUCACUCAUGGAGGCUGUGAAGCUGCAGCCGAGUGUCAAGUUGUUUGACCCCGAGGAAAGCAUGUCGGAGGAAGAAGCCGAAAACAUCGACAUCGUUGAGAUGGAUGGCAAGUUGGUGGCUGUGGAUGCCAAACUUCUUGAUUACAAAGCUGCUGCCAUAGAGACCAUCACCGCACUUGCCAAUGUGCUGCGAGAGGACUUCAUGCCAAACGCUGCACAAGUCGCUGAACUUGUUACACCUCUCUGCAAUUACGUUUCACAUGCAGAGGUUCGGCAAGCUGCCAUCGAGCAGCAGCCGGCCCUCUUGUCCUGUGCGCUGGACGCCUCCCGCAAGUCAGGCGACACUGGUGGUCAGGAUGCGUCAUUUGCCCAGGGUUUGCUGGGCGUUCAGUGGCCGGCCCUUGUGCAGCAUCUGGCGGACUAUGAAAAGGCUGACUUUCAGGCCACGGCCCCCUACGCCCUGGAGUCGCUGGGCAAGAUCAUGGGCCUGCUGGGGACCAACCUGAAUGAGGAGAUGAUUGGGAAGGCCGUUGACAGGGUGAAGCCUGUGCUGGAGUGCUUUGACGGUCUACGCCAAGACCGGCUGCAGGCGAAGCCGGGUGAUCUGGACGAGGAGGAGCUUGAGGAUCUUGAAGAGGAACUGGAGCUGGAGAUAACCCUGUACGACAAGCUGGAGACCUUUGUCAACAACUUGCUGAAGAUCCUGUCUGACCGCGCAAGCGCCUGGCUGGAAACCAUCCUGCCGCACCUCACCCCCCUGCUGGACAAGCGCCAUCGGCCAGAACUGCAGCAGAUGGCGGUGGUGCUCACCACCGAUGUCUGUGAGUUUGCCCCCGCCACCGGCCAGAAAUAUGUGACGACUCUGCUGCCCAUCUUCUUGGAAGCCUGUGCCAGCGACCAUGCCGGCCUGCGGCAGUGCGCGGCCUAUGGGGUGGGCGUUGUUGCCCAGAAGCACAUUGAGAUUGUGAAGCCCUUCGCAGCUCAGACCCUGGCCAAACUGAUGGAGGUCGCCAACCGCCCGGAAUCACGCACUGAGGAGUAUCAGAGCGCCACAGACAACAUCAUAUCAGCCAUCGGGAAGAUCAUCGAGCACCACUCCGACGUGGUGGAUGCACGGAUGACGGCGGACACGUGGCUCAAGUUCUUGCCGCUGAAGAGCGACAUUGCUGAGGCAGUGGUUGUGCACGACCAGCUAAUCCGGAUGAUUGAGAAGCGGGAUGUCAAGGUGUUGGGGGAAGCCAACCAGAACCUGCCUCAGGUGGUUCCAGUGAUGAUGGGUGUGCUUGCGGGUGGCGACAAGCUAGUGAGCCAGGAUGGAGCGCGUCGAAUGGUGGGCUUGCUGCAACAGAUGCAGAGUGGCAUCCCACAGGACAUCGUGGAGGGCACAUUCAACAGAAUGAGCCCCCAGGAACAGGAGAACCUGAAAUCUUACAUGGCCACCCAAGGCUAG